AUGGAGCCUGUUGCUCAACUUUCAUUUCCGUUUGGUGACCUUCCAGUCGAGCUAGCCCUCCUCAUCCUUGGACAUGCCGCACAACCCAGUUUUUCCCAAACUGAACAAUACAAAUCUAAAAACCCAUAUUCAUUCGCCCUCGCUCUCUGUCUUGUAUCUAAAGAAGUCAGGAAAACGGUGCUGCCCGAAAUUCUUCACACCGUGUUACUCCCGCAAUUACGCAAUGUGACAGCGUUCGUGGACACUCUACGCAUGCAGCAAGCAUAUGAUCAACAAGACCAUCGAUUCAAAUUCGACUACACGAAGUACGUACGCAGGAUGUGGAUGGGACAGUUUCGUGGCUCUCUCCCAGGACUUUUGCUCGAUGGAUUUGGACCAAUGCAGCCUGGGCUAGACCUCAGCCCCCUUGCCCCCGUCCUGCUUGCUGCACCAUGUAUUGCAGUCGACUUUGAGAAUCUGGGCCUUCUGUCAGGCUGCCUUUUCCAUGCCUGGAAAUCCCGUGUGGACAACCACGAAGGUUCUCUGGCUCUGUACGGCCCAAAAACAUUGAUGGUAACUGGUUCUGAGUCCAUGACUCGCCAACGGUGGUCCUUCACCAAGACCGUCCAUGGAACAGCUUUCCUCGCUUCGAUAUCUCAUGUCAUCUCCAUCACACACACAACAAUCGACAGCAAUCGGCACGCGUAUCGCCUCUGCCACUCCGGCAAUAGAUGGAAAAUCUACCAGCUGCCUGAAUGGAUGCAGCGGGCUCCGCUAAGCAACCUCCAGACCUUUUCAUUGCCCAUUCCGCAUAGCGCACACCGGCUUGCUGAAGGUGAGCUUAGCAGCACGGACAUGAAAGUAGAACUUUCGACGUUCUCUGUUUCUAAAUUGUCGACGCGCCAACGCACACUCAAGGGAGUAAUGACGAUUCAGCAAACAAUGAGUUUUAAUGGUCCUUUGGCGGUGUCCUAUCCUCGACCAUCAUCCUCUUGUAUCCUUUGUCAAGACUGGCUGAAAGCUUGGGCCUGUGGAUUAGGAAGCUGA